AUGGCCAGCAGUGCAUCACUUUCCUCCGCAAGACAUGUUUUAUUAACAGGAUUACCCGGCAGCGGGAAGACAACACUGAUCCAAAAAACAUGCGAGGAACUUGAAAAACAAGGAUACGUUUUACACGGAUUUAUCACGGAAGAAGUUCGGCAUUUUGGACGUAGGAAGGGCUUCGAUGUGGUUAGUAUAGAUGGUCAAUUAAGAGCUCCUUUGGCUCGAAUCGACGGACAUGGACAUGACUCUGAAGCAGGUCCACUAAAUCGACCAGACCCUUACCGAUUGGGUCAGUAUAUUGUCCAGGUUGAAUCUUUUGAGCAAACUGCACUUCCUUUACUACAUGCUAGCAAUACAGGAAUAACUGUUAUUGAUGAAAUCGGUAAAAUGGAAUCGAUCAGUCGUGCUUUUCAGCAAGCCGUGCGUAGUCGGAUGGAUGACCCACGGUCGGUGGUGCUGGGCACCAUCCCUGUGAAAAAAGGCAAACCUGUUCAUCUUAUCGAACAAAUUUACGAAAGAAAAGAUGUUCGUAUUAUUACCGUCACUAAAAAAAACCGGGAUUGUUUACUGGAUGAAAUAAUUACCGCGGUUAAAGAAGCCACAGCUGAACACAUACCAUAA